GCAUGCGCAGUGCCCCCCCCCCGCCGCUCCCAAGAUGGCGCCGCGGCAGUGACGGGACGGAGCGGGGGGGAGCAGCGGCGGCGGCGGCUUCCCGGUGGAGCGCGGCCUCGGCGCCCCGCGGCACGAUGAUCCCGAGCGAGGAGGUGUCGGCCCGCAGGAGGGAGAUCGAGGGCAAGCUCAAGCAGGAAGAAGAAACUCUGUCCUUUAUCAAAGAGAGUCUUGAGAAGAGUGACCAGCUCACGAAGAACAUGGUUUCUAUCCUAUCCUCCUUUGAAAGCCGUUUGAUGAAACUGGAGAACUCGAUCAUCCCUGUCCAUAAACAGACAGAGAACCUGCAGCGCUUGCAGGAGAACGUGGAGAAGACCUUGUCCUGCUUGGAUCAUGUCAUCAGUUACUACCACGUGGCUAAAGACACGGAGAAGAUCAUAAAGGAAGGCCCCACCGGGAGGCUGGAGGAAUACUUGAAUUGCAUGGACAAAAUCCAGAAGGCAGUGGAAUACUUCCAGGACAACAGUCCGGACAGCCCAGAGCUGAACCGUGUGAAAUCCCUUUUUGAGAGGGGGAAAGAGUCCUUGGAGUCGGAGUUCCGCAGCUUGAUGACACGGCACACCAAGCCAGUCCCACCCAUCCUCAUCCUGGACCUGAUCAGCGGAGAUGAUGAAAUGGAGACACAGGAGGAGAUGUCGCUGGAGCACCUUCCGGAGAGCGUCCUGCACGAUAUCAUCCGCAUUUCUGGCUGGCUGGUGGAAAACGGCAGGAACCAAGAUUUCAUGACAGUGUACUUCCAAAUCCGCUCUGUCCAGCUUGACCGCUCCAUCAAGGGGCUGAAAGACCAUUUUCGUAAGAACAGCUCCUCCACGGGGGUGCCGUAUUCCCCUGCCAUUCAGAACAAGAGGAAGGACACCCCCACCAAAAAGCCAGUCAAGAGACCAGUCCUCAUCCCAGGCACGAUCCGUAAGGCUCAGAACCUUCUGAAACAGUACUCUCAGCAUGGUCUAGAUGGGAAAAAGGGGGCCUCUAACCUCAUUCCUAUGGAAGGUCAUGAGCAUGAUUUACGAGUUAAACAUCUUUCCGAUACCCUGAGCGACAAGCAUGGGCCGGCUGCUGGGAGGGAUGAUGUGUUCGACAUCGAGAUUGACGCCUACAUUCACUGUGUGAGUGCCUUUGUCAAACUGGCCCAGAGCGAAUACCAGCUCCUGACAGAAAUCGUCCCGGAGCACCACCAGAAGAAGACUUUUGAUUCCCUCAUCCAGGAGUCGCUGGAUAACUUGAUCAUGGAGGGGGAUAACAUUGUCUCGGCAGCCCGGAAAGCCAUCAUCCGCCACGACUAUUCGGCGGUGCUCACAAUCUUCCCCAUCCUCAAGCACCUCAAGCAGAUGAAGCCAGAAUUUGACCAGGUCUUGCAGGGAACUGCGGCAGGCACAAAGAACAAAUUGCCAGGGUUGAUCACUUCCAUGGAAACUACAGGUGCAAAGGCAUUGGAAGAGUUUGCUGACAACAUUAAGAAUGAUCCAGACAAGGAAUAUAACAUGCCAAAAGACGGGACAGUUCACGAACUCACCAGCAAUGCCAUCCUUUUCCUACAGCAGUUGUUGGAUUUCCAGGAGACUGCAGGUGCCAUGCUGGCAUCUCAAGAGACCAGCUCUUCAGCUAGUAGUUACAGCUCGGAGUUUAGCAGACGGCUGCUGAGCACCUACAUCUGCAAAGUAUUGGGCAACUUGCAGCUUAACCUUCUUAGUAAAUCCAAGGUUUAUGAAGACCCGGCUUUGAGCGCCAUUUUUCUGCACAACAACUACAACUACAUUCUGAAGUCUCUGGAGAAGUCUGAGCUGAUCCAGUUGGUAGCCGUGACACAGAAGACAGCUGAGAGGUCUUACCGGGAGCUCAUUGAACAGCAGAUCCAGACCUACCAGCGCAGCUGGUUGAAGGUGACAGAUUACAUCCUGGAGAGAAAUCUGCCCGUCUUUCAACCAGGAGUGAAGCUCAAGGAUAAGGAGAGGCAGAUGAUUAAGGAGCGCUUUAAGGGUUUUAAUGAUGGGCUGGAGGAGCUAUGUAAGAUCCAGAAGGCCUGGGCAAUUCCAGACAUGGAGCAACGGGACAAAAUUCGCCGGGCGCAGAAAACCAUUGUGAAAGAGACCUACGGUGCCUUCCUGAACAGAUAUGGCAACGUGCCCUUCACCAAGAACCCUGAGAAGUACAUCAAGUACCAGGUCGACCAAGUGGGAGAGAUGAUCGAAAAGCUGUUUGACACAUCAGCGUAAAUCCGCAGCCCUCUUGUACUCUCCAGCUGCCAAGUACAAGUCAAUGUUCUCUCAGCAACUUUUGUGACUCCCCUCCCUCCUCCCCUGCCCCGUUGUGGCGGGCAGGGCGUUAUACUUGUAUUUAUCAGAUUUAUAAACCCAUGGAAACACUA